GAAACGGGUACUCGACCACAUACCCAAAGCGAGUGCGGAGAGCCGAAUUAGGAAAACACAACGAUAAAGAACCGAUCUUGACCAAAUAACGAUAAAGAAAAGACAACUAAGCGAUGCAGCAACCUCAGGCGACGGCGACGGGCGCGACCACGGCGAUUCAAAACGUAGUCGGUCAGGCUCAGUCCAUGGAGGCGCCUCCUAAGCAGGUGGCGCUAGCAAUGGACCGUUUGUCUCACGCGGCUCGGCUCAUAGCCGACAUUCGGCUCGGCGCUGAUCGCCUCCUUGAAUCCCUCUUUGUCGCCGCGCAGCCUCACCAGAGCAACAAACCUGUGCAUUUCUUCCAGAACGAAGAUGAUUCCAUGCGUCAACAUUUUCAGGAUCUUGGCUCCGUUGGAAAGCUGCUAGAAGAAUCUGGGGUUCUUAGCGAAUCACUUCGGUCGCGAAGUAAUUCAUGGGGGCUGCACAUGCCUUUGGUUUGCCCAGACGGUGCUGUAGUUGCUUACGCUUGGAAACGUCAACUCGCCGGCCAGGCUGGCGCGUCCGCCGUUGACCGAACCAGGUUGGCUCUUAAGGCCUUCACUGAUCAGAAGAGGCGAUUUUUUCCUCACCUUGAUGAUGAAGGUCAAAAUGGUCAAGAUUCUGAACCGAAUCCAAAGAAAAAUCGUGGUCUACAAGUAGUUACACCUAUUCAUCAGGAAGAGCUUAGUGAUUGUAAAACACUAUCAGACAUUCUGACUCGUUUGGAAAAAGAAGAACCAAAUUUGAAAGUUUUAACCUAUGAACGAAUGGACUGGUUGAAAAGAGCUUCUUCCCUGCCAUCCUCAGCAAAUGAGGGUCCCGUGGAAACACUGAAGGAGCAUAAUUUUCAUAGUUCAAAUAGAUUAAAACCAAGUCCUCUGAGUGAUGUUGCUGCAGAUAAGGUUGCUGUAAUUGAGUUAUCAUUUCCUUCUGUCUUCAGAGCUGUAGUGUCUUUGCAUCCAGCUGGUUCUAUUGAUCCAGAUGCAGUAGCUUUCUUUUCUCCAGAUGAGGGAGGCAGCUAUAUGCAUGCAAGAGGUGUUUCAGUUUAUCAUGUAUUUAGACAUAUAACGGAGCAUGCUGCGAUGGCUUUGCAAUAUUUUCUUGAGUUGAACCUGAAACAGCUCUAUAUGCCUUUUGGUAUCAUCUUUGUCUAAAUUGGGUGUUCAUGUUUAUUUCUCUACUUGACACAUGAACUAUUUUUUUUUUAACUUUUUCUUGUAUUUUUGUUUCACUAGCAUUGGAUUUGCAGCUACCAAAAUCUAUUCUCAAAAGUUUGCAGUAAAUGUGGGCGAUUGCUAUCUAUGGACCGACAAUCAGCAUUAUUGUUACCUGCUAUUUACCACCCUUACCAGCAGCAGUUCUUCCAGUUGAAACUUUCAUCUACCCAACCCAAUUCCUCAGUGAAGGAUCAAAGUUCAAAUCUUGAUCGGGAUUAUCACAUUGGGUGUUUUUCAGAGGAUACUUAACUUGUAUGGUUUUGUAGGUAUUAUCUGUUGUUGGCUGAAUCACUGCAAAUUGCAUGUAUGGUGUUGUGAGCAGCCUUGUCUUAUUAUAAUCAAAGCUGGCUCUCACAAGUGCCGGCACAGAUUACAGAAUCUCUCAGAUUGCACCAAAUGAAAUUUGUUGCAAGAGAAAAAGAUUACUAUAAGGAAUAAUUCUGAAAAAUUCUUUAGAUAAGUGUUUCGAAUCUUUCUUUUUAAUUAAUAUAUUUAUACAUUGAAUUCGACUCUUACUUUCAACGAAAAGGUUCUCUUUUUAUUUUUUUUUAAAUUUGAAUUUAAUCAAGAAAACUUUAAUUACUUGAGUUUUUUUUUCCUCCUGGAAGUCAAGUUACAAGGUAUCAAUGUGUAAUAUUGUAAGUAGAACAUUGUACAAUAUUAUUACGGAAUUUAUUUAAAAUUUGGCAAUAUAAAAAAACAUGGUGGGUGUUAACCUUGAUUUACAAAA